AUGGCGGCCCACCUGCUGCCCAGCUGCGCCCUCUUCCUGGCCUUGCUCGGCACGGCCCCCGGCGCCAGGGGCCCCGUGGUGCCCAGCCAGCCCUUCACCACCGUCUGGAACGCCAACACGCAGUGGUGCCUGGAAAGGCACGGCGUGGACGUGGACGUCAGCGCGUUCGACGUGGUGGCCAACCCGGGCCAGACCUUCCUGGGCCCGGACAUGACCAUCUUCUACAGCUCCCAGCUGGGCACCUACCCCUACUACACGGCGGCCGGGGAGCCCGUGUUCGGCGGCCUGCCCCAGAACGCCAGCCUGGACGCGCACCUGGCCCGAGCGCACCAGGACGUGCUGGCCGCCAUGCCCGCCGCCGGCUUCUCGGGGCUGGCGGUCAUCGACUGGGAGGCCUGGCGCCCGCGCUGGGCCUUCAACUGGGACGCCAAGGACGUCUACCGGCAGCGCUCGCGGGCGCUGGUCCGGGGGCAGCGCCCGGACUGGCCGGCGCCCUGGGUGGAGGCGGCCGCCCAGGCCCAGUUCCAGGGGGCCGCCCAGGCCUGGAUGGGGGGCACCCUGCGGCUGGGGCGGGCCCUGCGGCCCCGCGGCCUCUGGGGUUUCUACGGCUUCCCCGACUGCUACAACUCCGACUUCCGGAGCCCCAACUACACGGGCGAGUGCCCGCCGGGCGUCCGGGCCCAGAACGACCAGCUGGGGUGGCUGUGGGCCCAGAGCCGCGCCCUCUACCCCAGCAUCUACCUUCCCGCGGCGCUGGAGGGCACGGGGAAGGCACAGGCGUACGUGCGGCACCGUGUGGGCGAGGCGUUCCGCGUGGCUGGGGGGGCCGGGGACCCCAGUCUGCCGGUGCUGCCCUACGUCCAGAUCUUCUACGACUUCACCAGCCGCUUCCUGCCCCUGGAGGCGCUGGAGCACAGCCUGGGGGAGAGUGUGGCCCAGGGAGCGGCAGGAGCAGUGCUCUGGGUGAGCUGGGAGAACACCAAGACCAAGGGGUCAUGCCAGGCCAUCAAGGAGUACGUGGACAGCACGCUGGGGCCCUUCAUCCUGAACGUGACCAGUGGGGCCCGUCUGUGCAGCGAGGCCCUGUGCUCCGGCCACGGCCGCUGUGCCCGGCGCCCCGACCACCCCGAGGCCCUCCUCCUGCUCAACCCCUCGAGUUUCUCCAUUGAACUCCCGGCUGGCGGUGGGCCCCUGACCCUCCGAGGCGCCCUCUCCCCUGAGGAUCGGAAACGGAUGGCGGUGGAGUUCCAGUGUCACUGCUACCCGGGCUGGAGGGGCGCCGGGUGUGAGCAGCGGGGCCGGUGGUGA